GUUUAUGUUGUGAAACUCUUAAUAGAUAUUAGGGAUUUCAAUCUUACCCAGUCGGUAAAUCAUGUUUGUUAUGAGUGUUUUUUUUUUUUUUUGACGGGUUGUUAGGAGAGAUUGGAUACUAAUGGAUAAGAAUAUUUACAUAUACUUUGUAUACAUGUACUCGAUCUAGGCAUGUAGCAACGUUCAAAAGUCAAUCUAAUGUUUGGCUUGAUUCUCUUCAAGAGGUAGGCAAGCCAGACAGCGGAGCCUCUUUAAUCCCUAACCCAACCUUGAUCGGCCCGAUUGUCCCCUCGACGGCUCCACUUGUAAAUUAGGCACCCGGAAGGCCUUGCUAGUUGCUAACCGUAAUAUGUGCCUACACCAAAAGGAAGUGCACAUUAAUCACUUACCAAUAGACCAUCAUACCAAAUUAGCAAGAAUUUAAAUCAAUCAUUAAAAACAAAUAAAAAAAACAUUCGCACCAUCCUCAGGUUUUUCCCCCAUCAUCUCACUCCUUCAAAGGUCAAAUCUAUCGAUUUGCAUCCCCAGUUUAUCUUUCUGUCUCAAUAUUUCAGAUUCAAUGGAGAGGGGGCUAAUUAGUGAGGAAGUCAUCUCUCCAGAACAAUUGGGUGGUGGGUUUCAGAAAUCUGAUGGUGGGGAAAUUGGGGAUGUGUUAUCUCCAGUUUCUUCACAGUAUUCUUCGUGUGGAGAAUCUGAGUUUGAUCGAUAUUGUAGUGCGAAUUCGGUUAUGGGUACUCCUAGUGUGUGUAGUUCAAUGGGGUUUUACCAUGAUUCUUUGGAUUCUGAUUUUGGGUCAUUCAAGAGUUUGGAGGGUUUUAGUUUGGGUGGGGAGAGGGUUCCUAGAAAGUUUGAGGGGAUUACGCGGUCAUUAUUAUCUAGGGAAUCGGGUUUAGGUGAUAGUUUGAGUGAUAAUUUUCACGAGUCGAAAGGGGAGGGGGAAGGUUUGAGCCCUGUGGUGGGUGGGGUUGAGGGGAAGAUGGUGGCUUUGGAUAAAGGGGGGACUUCUUCGACGAGUUGUGGAAAUAUGCGAGUGUUGGGGGGUGAAGCCGAGCUGAAAGGGUCUAAGGUGUUUGAUGGGGAGGUAGGCAAGAAAGAAAAUUUAGCUGUACUUCUAAAAAGUGUGGAGCAUGCGCUAUUGCAAGGAGUUGUUGCUGCAAGAAGUGCUGCUGAGAACUUGUUGGAUGAUAAUCAUGCAGAUGAGAUGGAGGAUGAGAGAUGCAGAGAACAGGAUGAGUCGUCUUCUAGGUAUGAUCACUCUGAGGGUGAGGAUUCUAUGUUUAACUAUGGUUCGGAUGAAGGAUCUCAGCAUAAUGCAUAUUAUGUGAGAAAUGUAGUGGAUCGUAGUGAUGUUGAUGUCGGAUGUGGGAAUUCGGUGCUUAUGAACUCGUCUGUGGCUUUUGGAUCUAAUGAUUGGGAUGACUUUGAGUUAGAUGGAUUGGAAAAUACAACACAACUUUCUGAUAGUUAUUGGUUGCGGCAGCAAUCAAGUGAAAAAGAAACUACUUCUGAAGAUUUGGCUUUGAUGAGGUCAAUAUCUAAUGAAAAAUUUCAUUGGCAUGAGGAAGAAAGGAAUUCAAGGGAUGUUUCUACGGACCGCAAUGAUGUCCUGGAAGUUGAUAGAUCAUCAGAGUGUUCUCUUAGUUCAACCACGAAUACUCAUUCCUCAAAAAUUAUGGAAGCAGGGGCUACAGAGGGCUCCGGGGACAUUUCAAGGUGCAAACAGAUUACCAGUAAUGAUGAACUGGAUGAGUAUCUUGAUAAUUGUUCUGUGUACAAUGUAUUUCAAAAGCCAUGUGCUACGUUGCAUGCUGUGGAAGAUACUGAAUCCAUGAGAGAUGAGAAAGAAAGGAAGAUCGUGGAUAUUACUCGUGAUACAAAAAGUGGCCAUGAUGACCACCCGAUUCCACAGAAAUUCUUGGUUCCUCUGCCUGAUGAUGGUGCAGGUGAAGCUUAUGUUCAUGGAGAGUAUAGGUUGGAUGUCCUUCAAGGUGCUCAAGUGGAAUCUUCUGAGGGAUGUGUGUCAAAAUCAGCCUUGACGUGGCUUGAGAGUGAAGAGGGGAGGACACAUGGUGACUUAAAUCUAGGUGGAGGUCAGACCACAAGCAGCAAGGGAAAGGAUUUGGAGAUGAAUGCAUUUUAUGAUGAUUUUGUACAUGAAAUGGAAGAGAUUUUGUUAGAAACAAGUGAAUCUCCUGUGGGGAGGUUGAAGCAGGGGAAUAUUGAGUUCCAAUCUGAGCACUUGUCAACUUUAAGAGACGGUGAAUCCAUUGCUCAUACUUCUGGUUUUGAUGAUGGCAACCCUGUUAUUCGUCAUCCACUUAGGAUUGAUGGGAUUGAGGUAGUGGGUGCCAAGCAGAUAAAGGGAGAUAUUCCACUUAGUGAAAGAUUGGUUGGGGUGAAAGAAUACACUGUAUACAUAAUACAGGUUUGGAGUGGCAAGGAUCAAUGGAAGGUUGAGCGUCGAUAUCGCGACUUUUAUGCACUCUAUAUUCAAUUACAAACAUUAUUUGCUGCUCGAAAAUGGAAUCUUCCACCUGUGUGGUUUUCUGUUGACAAAGAAUCCAGAAAAUUCUUUGGUAACACAUCUCCAAAUGUCGUUGCAGAGAGAAGUACUCUUAUCCAAGAAUGUUUAUGCUCCAUUCUCCAAUCCAGGUAUUGUUCCAGUCCUCCAAGUGCUCUGAUUUGGUUUCUCUCUCCGCCAGAAGAUCUUAUGAGUUCCUCUCGGUCAAAUGAUGUGACGCGACAAUCUAAUGUGAGAACAUAUACUGAAAGAGUUCCUAGUUUAGGGAAGACCAUAUCACUGAUAGUUAAUAUUCAAUCCCACAAGUCCGUAAAAGAGCUUCUGGAUACACAGCAUUAUACAUGUGCUGGGUGCCAUACACAUUUUGGUGAUGGUAAGAAUCGCAUGCUAGGAAUUGUGCAGACCUUUGGUUGGGGUAAACCACGACUUUGUGAAUAUACUGGCCAGCUAUUUUGUUCUUCAUGUCAUACAAACGAAACUGCAGUUCUGCCAGCCAGAGUUUUACAUAACUGGGAUUUUACUCCAUACCCAGUUUCUCAGAUGGCCAAGUCAUUCCUGGAUUCAAUUGUUGACAAGCCAAUGCUGUGUGUGAGUGCAGCAAACCCUUUACUCUUUUCUCGUGUCCCUGCACUGCUCCAUGUUGUGGGUAUUAGGAGGAAAGUUGGGGCAAUGCUUCCAUACAUUCGUUGCUCUUUUCGUAGAUCUAUCUAUAGAAGACUUGGAUACCGGAAAUAUCUUCUUGAAAGUAAUGACUUUUUUGCACUAAGGGAUCUUAAUGAUCUCUCAAAAGGAGCAUUUGCAGCACUUCCGGCGAUUCUAGAAGCUGUGUCGAAGAAAAUCCAGGAGCACAUCACAGAGUUAUGCCUUGAGUGCUGCGACCUUGGUGUUUCAUGUGGUGCUCGACAAGCUUGUGAUAACCCAUCCUCUCUUAUCUUUCCUUUUCAGGAAGAGGAAAUUCAGAGAUGCGAGUCUUGUAAAUCAGUCUUUCAUAAGCAUUGCCUCAACAAACUCCAGGAGUGCCCAUGUGGAGCAGUCCUGAAACCGCUUGCAAACGCUGGCAGUGCUUCAGGAUUUUCGUCAUUGUUGGUGAAGAAAUCUGAUCCAAAAUCCGGACUCCUUUCACGUAUGUUCUCAAUUUCAAGACAAGAAAAGGGACUCAAGGAUAAUGAUAAUGUGAUCUUGAUGGGAUCGUUUCCGAGCACCUCACUUUGAUCCCUUGUAAGUUGUAACUAUAACAUAUUACCAUCUUUGUAUGUAUCUAUUAAUCUAUUAUUCACUAAUCUGUAAUGUAAAGCUGAAGAUGACAUCAUAAAAUUUUGGCCAUUCUUUUGUAUAGAAAUUGUAGUAUUAAUACUGAUAUUGUCAAUCUCAUUCCUUAGUGUGAUUUAUAGAAGCAUGGUUGCUGUAAAGUGAAUAAUUUAUUCUUUUUAUUUUGGCUGUGUUGAAUAGUCAGUUUUGGAUCCUCUAUAACCUUUGGUACUCGAGUAUUGAAGAUUGGAUCCUCUUUUCAAAAA